ACCUGUCAGUUUUUAGUUGUUGAAACGUUUCAGUUGUAUCUUGUUGUUUAUUAAAUUUUUUAUUUAUUUUUCUAAUAGAAUAAUAAUUUAUUUUUAAUAAAAAAAGUGAUAAAUAAUUUUUAAAAAUGUCGGAACGUAAAGUUUUAAAUAAAUACUAUCCCCCGGAUUUUGAUCCAUCAAAAAUUCCUCGCAUGAAAUUGGCAAAAAACCGUCAAUACACUGUACGACUGAUGGCCCCGUUCAACAUGAGAUGCAAAACUUGCGGAGAGUACAUUUACAAAGGUAAAAAAUUCAACGCGCGCAAAGAAGACGUCGAGGGAAGUGAUUAUUUAGGAAUAAGGAUCUACCGAUUUUACAUAAAGUGCACGCGGUGCCUUCAGGAGAUAUCUUUCAAAACAGACCCUCAGAACACAGACUACGAGAUCGAGGCUGGAGCUACGAGGAAUUUCAUGGCUCUGAAACUUGCUGAGGAGCAGGCUAAGCGCGAGGAGGAUGAAAAAAACGAGGAAGAGGCUUCUAAUCCGAUGAAGCUCCUCGAGAAGAGGACUCAGCAGUCGAAACAGGAGCUGGAGGUUCUCGAAUCUCUAGAAGACCUGAAGGAUCUGAAGAGCAGGCAGCAGACUAUUGACUACGAUCAGAUGCUUCAGCAGUAUGACACACAGGCUGACCGUGAGAGGACUUUGAAGGAGCAAGAGGAGCUUGAUGAACAGGAGGUUCAAUCAAUUUUUGGUAAAAAGAACAAUAUUAUCAAUGGGAAAGUCAUUGAGGAAAAAAUUGUUGUACUUCCUGACGAGCCGCCUCUGAAGAAAUCAAAAACUACUGAGUUUUCGGAUAAACCCAUAGAUAAGGAAAAAAAAUCAGGAUUUUCAUGGUCGACUCCAGGAACGAGUCAAUUAAGUUUACCUAAAAAAAAAUUUUUAAUUGGUGUAAUUACCAAGUCUACCAAAAAAGAAGAAGAAGAAGAAAAGAAACAAACUCCUACCAGUAGCGGUCUGUCGUUACUGGGAGAGUAUACGGACAGCGAAAGUGACGGCUAAGUUAAUAAAAUUAAUGAAUACUAAGUUAAUAAAU